CCGAGCGCGGCCCGGCCCCGCCACCGCCCCGCCCGCCCCGAGCCAGCCCGGGCCCCGCCAUGGGCCACAACGACAUUAUGAACACCGCCGAGGACUUCGCCGACCAGUUCCUGAGGGUGACCAAGCAGUACCUGCCCCACGUGGCCCGGCUGUGCCUGAUCAGCACCUUCCUGGAGGAUGGCAUCCGCAUGUGGUUCCAGUGGAGUGAGCAGAGGGACUACAUCGAUGGCACGUGGAACUGUGGCUACUUCCUGGCCUCCAUCUUUGUCAUCCUAAACCUCUUUGGGCAGCUGAGUAAGUGGCUCUGGGGCUGGAACUGUGGCUACUUCCUGGCCUCCAUCUUUGUCAUCCUAAACCUCUUUGGGCAGCUGAGUGGCUGUAUCCUGGUGCUGAGUAGGAACUUUGUGCAAUAUGCCUGCUUUGGACUGUUUGGAAUUAUAGCAUUACAGACUAUUGCAUACAGCAUUCUAUGGGACCUGAAGUUCUUGAUGAGGAAUCUUGCCCUUGGGGGAGGCUUGCUGCUGCUUCUGGCCGAGUCCCGCUCGGAGGGGAAGAGCAUGUUUGCUGGUGUCCCCACCAUGAGGGAGAGCUCCCCAAAACAGUACAUGCAGCUGGGGGGACGUGUGCUGCUCGUCCUCAUGUUCAUGACACUGCUACACUUUGACAUGAACUUCUUUUCUAUUCUGCAGAACAUUGUGGGCACAGCCCUGAUUAUCUUGGUGGCAAUUGGCUUCAAGACUAAGCUGGCUGCCUUGACUCUGGUCAUCUGGCUCUUUGGCAUCAACAUCUACUUCAAUGCCUUCUGGACCGUCCCAGCCUACAAGCCCAUGCACGACUUCCUCAAAUACGAUUUCUUCCAGACCAUGUCUGUCAUUGGAGGGCUCCUCCUCGUGGUUGCACUGGGUCCUGGUGGAGUCUCCAUGGAUGAGAAGAAAAAAGAGUGGUAACAGGAAUAGCAACACUUCUUGGGACAUACUGUACUAAGUCCAGAACUGAUUCUCUAUGGAUUCAACAAAAACUGCCAGCAUUUUACACGUACAUGCCCCCUUCCUAUAAAAGGCACAGAUGUUUUGAAUUUGAUUUACUGUGGCACCAGUAAUACAAUAGAUAAAAUCCUAUUUCUUCAA